GUAAAUUGCCCCCACUAGCACACUAUCUGCCGCUCCUUUGAGUGCUUGUCCUUUUAUUAUUAUUUUUCUGCUGCAUUUUAGCAAAGCGUAUCACUUGUCUACAAUGUCUCUUCGGAUCUCUACUGCAUCCAGGAGAAUUUCUUCCCAUGUUGGGGGUGAUGGAGGUGUCAAAAUGGCAAGCUUUGGAGGAGGCAGUCUGCAUGGCUUUGGUGGGGGAUCCAUGACGGGGCACGGCUAUGGAGGGCUAGGCUAUGGAGGAGGUGGAUGUAGCGUUUUCAAUGGAGCUGGCUUUGGCAGUGCCUCUGUGACCGGUGGUGGUGGUGGUGGCUAUGGAGCAGGCUACCGCUCAAGCUCCGUCAUGUCUUUGGGGGGUGGCUUUGGAGGGGGUGAUAGCGUCUUCCUGGCUGGUGCCGAAAAAGAAACUAUGCAGAACCUUAAUAACCGCCUAGCAAACUAUCUGGAAAAGGUGCGUUCUCUGGAGGAGGCCAAUACUGAGCUGGAGCGUAAAAUUCGUAACUGGUACGAAAAAAAUGGACCUGGAGCUCCUGGAGUUACCCGUGAUUACAGCAAAUAUCACCACAUAAUUGAAGAUCUUCGGAACCAGAUAGUCAACGUGACAACUGAAAAUGCCAAUGUAGUCUUACAGAUUGACAAUGCCCGCCUUGCUGCUGAUGACUUCAGACUGAAAUUUGAAAAUGAGCUCUUCCUUCGCCAGAGUGUUGAAGCAGACAUCAAUGGCCUGCGUAGAGUUCUUGAUGACCUGACCAUGAACAGGUCUGACCUGGAGUCACAGCUUGAAACCCUUUCAGAGGAACUGGCUUACCUUAAGAAGAAUCAUGAGGAGGAAAUUACCUUAUUGAAGAGCAGCUGUACUGGUGACGUUACUGUGGAAAUGAAUGCUGCUCCUGGAAUAGACUUGACUAAGCUACUGAAUGACAUGAGAGCGCAAUAUGAAGACCUUGCAGAACAAAAUCGCAGAGAGGCUGAAGAACAGUUUAACAAAAUGAGUCAACCAUUGCAGCAACAAAUCUACGAUGACGCCGGUGCUGCAAACUCAGCCAGGAAUGAGUUAAUAGAGCUGAGACGCUCCUUCCAAGCACUGGAAAUUGAGUUGCAAUCCCUCCUGGCUAAGAAAGCCUCUCUAGAAGGCACCUUGACAGAAACAGAAGCAAACUACAGCACUCAGCUUGCGCAGCUUCAGCAGCAAGUUAGCGGCCUGGAGGAACAGCUUCAGCAGAUCAGGGCUGAAACGGAGUGCCAAAACUCAGAGUAUCAGCAACUGCUCGGCAUCAAGACCCGGCUGGAAAUGGAAAUUGAAACAUACAGGCGCCUGCUGGAUGGGGAAAGUUUCCGAUCUUCCUAUGAAACAAAAAGUCAUGUCAGAGAACCCACUAAAACCAGGGUGGUUAAGACCAUUGUGGAAGAGAUGGUGGAUGGCAAAAUAGUCUCUUCACAAGUGAAAUCCAUUGAAGAAAGGGCAGCUAAGUGAAUGGCAUUAAGAAAUGUGGGAACCUGCCAAUGCAUGCCAGCAAGGGAGAACCCAGAAGAAAACUUCCUGAAAACAGAAUCAAUUGCAGCUUAGUAGUUUCUUGCAAACAAGGAGUCUAAAAAAAUACAACAUGCUUUUCUUCUCACUAUAUGGAGGUGUAUUCUUUUUAAGGUAUUGAGAAUUACAUUCUGUUUACUCAUGCAAUGCAAUAAACUUUCUAACUUGCAAGGUAUAUCUGCCU